UCUGCUUGCUGCGGCGCGCAAGAAGCAGGGAGGGCUGAAGUGGCACUUUUCCGUCCUGUCGCGAAAAGCAUCUCUCUCCAGCGAGGGUACAGUGACGGCAGCGUAGUCUCCGGAUCGAGCACUUGACAGGAGAUUCAGGGUCGUUCCAUUACGCGGAGUCCAUGCAAUUCCUCCCUGUUUGAAACUGUACGCCCACCUGGAUAAGCCAAUCUCAGUAAGGAGUCGACGCGAGACGGACGCCAGCGCUGUUGGCAGAGGGAAACGACAAGAAUAUGAUGUUCAAACAGCACUUGCUUUUUGUGCUCUACACCGUCUGUGGAAUUGUCAUUAAAGAGGUUGCAACGAAAAACAAAGUGAAAGGUAGCCAGGGUCAGUUUCCUAUCACUCAGAAUGUGACCGUGGUGGAAGGGGGGGCAGCUAACAUGACCUGCCGUGUGGAAUACAAUGAUAACACCUCCCUCCAGUGGUCAAAUCCUGCACAGCAAACACUCUUCUUUGGGGAUAAGAAAGCACUGAGGGACAACCGGAUUGAACUGGUUCGAGCUUCGUGGAAGGAGCUGACCAUCACCAUCAAUGAGGUGACCCUGUCAGACGAAGGCCUGUACACGUGCUCUCUCUUCACGAUGCCGGUCAAAACAUCCAAAGCCUUUCUCACUGUGCUGGGAGUACCCCAGAAACCAGAAAUCACAGGUUUUUCCAAGCCUGCCCAGGAGGGGGAAGAGGUUACACUGACGUGCACAACAUCUGGAAGCAAGCCCGCGGCGGACAUCCGAUGGUUCAGAAAUGACCAGGAGGUCCCAGGUUUUAAGGAGGUGAAUGCGACUGGAAAGUCCUUCACUGUGAGAAGUACUCUCCAUCUGCAGGUGGACAGGAAUGAUGAUGGUGUGGCUUACACCUGCAGUGUGGAGCAUGUGUCUCUCGUCUCUGGCCCUCUGCAAGUUACUGAAGUCCUAGAGGUCCAUUAUGCUCCUCGUGUAGAAAUCAUACACUCACUAAUUGUUCCACAGGAAGGACAGUAUUUUAAGUUGGAGUGUGUUUCCAAAGGCAACCCACUGCCUGAGCCAGUGCUAUGGACUAAAGAUGGUGGGGACCUCCCUGAUGUUGAGCGCAUGAUUGUGGAGGGCAGAGAAUUAAUCAUCACAACUCUGAACAAAACAGACAACGGCACGUAUCGCUGUGAGGCCAGCAACCAUCUUGGGACAAACAGUGAUGAAUAUGUUUUAUUUGUAUAUGAUCCCAACGCUCUCACCCAGCACGGCCCCGACCACGCCCUGAUCGGGGGAGUCGUUGCCGUGGUGGUCUUCAUCACCUUGUGUUUCAUCAUCGUCCUCGGACGUUACCUGGCGAGGCAUAAAGGGACUUACUUAACCAAUGAGGCCAAAGGAGCAGAGGACGCCCCUGAUGCAGACACAGCCAUCAUCAAUGCGGAGGGGAACCACGCACAUGCAGAGGAAAAGAAAGAAUAUUUCCAGGGAGCGGCAAGAAAUGUGGUUCAUCUCAAGUCGGAAAACCUUGGCUUUGCCAAUAAUUACGCUUUAAGGGGAGAGUAUGUCAAAUGUAUCAAUGUGAACAACAUUUAAUGUUUAUUAUUAUUUAUUAUUAUCAUUUCUGUUGUCAUGCUAUGAAAUUUGUAGGUGUUUACCACACUGAUAAAUGAGAUAUUUACAAAGGAGAGUAAAGUGGACGCUUGUGUAAACAUAUGGACAAAAAGAGUGAAAUAAAAUGUGUAGAAGCACAACUGAAAGGAUUUUAUCAUCCUGUUUUUAAAGACAUAUUUAUUGAUUAUUCCAUUCUCAUUUGUCUGUAUAUUCUUGCACUGUUAAUAUGAAGCUCUGACAUUUGUGUUAUUGUAACAAAAGAAGAUUAAAAUAUGUAAGCACAAAGUCAUCAAUGUUUCAUUGCUUUAUACAGUCUCAGGUUUAAUAACUAGUCUAAGUCAGUUACUUUUUUUUUUCUCUCAGUCAAAUAAAUAGAUGUUUUUGUUUUGUUAUUGUUGUCGUUUGUUUUGUUCUGUUUAGUUUCAUUUCGAUUCGUUGGUUUUGUGGUUUUGGACUAAAAACCUGUGCAUCCUGCAGUAGGUGUACAAAUUUUUAACUGAAACUCAAAGUCCAUAGCUCAACAUUGAAUGGAUGAUCAACUUUGCAUUGUCUAGUCAAUAGUCAAUAGAAAUUCAUAAAUUAUUUUACUUAAUACUUCUUGUGAAUAAUGCUGUACAUUACUUUGCUAAAGUGAUUAAUGUUGAAAAAUAUUGUUAAUGAUGGGAUCCCAUAUGAGAAUUUGUAUAUUAUAAAAUAUACUCAUUGAAAGUGUUUCAUCUGUCCUUUGCAUUGUUAUAUUAUCGCCAUCAACCAGGAACAAAAAUUCUGUUUCUCUUUGCUUUCUUUUCACAAAACAUGUAAAUAAUAUGUAAGUAUUCUUGAGAUUAGCAUUCAUUUAAACUAGACCUGGAGUUAAAUAUCAGAAUUCACAAUGAAACUAUGCCCAGUAUUUCCUGGUUGUUAAAAUUGAAGACAAUUUACGACAAGAGGGGAACAGGUGCUAAUCCGGGUGGG